GCUGACAUCACCGUAAUUAUAGUUUGGUUAAGGAGAGCAAGUCAGACACAGGCGGAGAAGACUCAGAGAGUUUCCUGGUAGCAGCGUGAAGGGGUUCUGGGAAUACUCCUGAAAAAUGACUUUCCAACCUACAAGCGUCCCGGACUUCAGCACUCCAGCGUUUCAUGAAGCCCAAAACCAGACUAAUGGCUCCCAUUGCCCAGAUCCAGAGGCCUGGGAGUGGCUCAACGCUGGGCAGCCAGUGUACAUUAUGCUCAUCGCUAUCCUGGGAAUUGCAUUUAACCUGUUUGUUUUGAUGGUGUUCCUCCUCCACAAGAAGCCCUGCACUGUUGCAGAGAUUUAUCUGAGCAACCUGGCCGCCGCCGACCUCAUCCUGGUGUCCUGUCUGCCCUUCUGGGCCAUCAACAUCGCCAGUGACUUCGUCUGGCCUUUCGGUAACUUCAUGUGCAAAGCCGUCAGCGUGGGGAUCAAAAUGAACGCCUACAGCAGCAUCUACCUCCUGGUUUUGGUCAGCAUCGAUCGCUACGUGGCCCUGGUGCACACCAUGUCGUACGGAAGAAUGCGCAGGCCAAAGUAUGCCAAGUUGGGCUGUCUGCUGACUUGGGGGUUUGGCCUGCUAAUGAGUAUUCCCACAUUCAUCUUCAGGGGGGUCAAAUAUCUCCCCGACUACGACAUCAGUGCGUGCCUUCUGCUCUAUCCAAGUGAAACAGUGGCCGUAGUCUAUGAGGUCAUGCUGACGAUUUUUAGCUUCAUCAUUCCCAUUUCGGUUAUCUCGUUCUGCACUAUUAAGAUCAUCCAGGCACUGCAGAAACAGGGAAUUGAACGGUGUAAUGUUGAGAAGACAGAGCAUAAGGCUACCACUCUGGUCCUGGUGGUCCUCCUGGCCUUCCUCAUCUGCUGGGUGCCUUUCCAUCUGGUGAGCAUUUGGGACUGGCUCCUUCGAGCAGAAGUCAUGGGAGGAUGUCUAAUUGAGAGUGCGAUUGACAUCUGCAACCAGAUUACCUCCUACUUAGCCUUUUUCAACAGCGUUCUCAACCCCAUCCUGUACGUUAUCGUGGGAAAGAACUUCCGGAAAAAAGUUUGUGAACUCUUCAACCAGUGGAAGACGAAAAAAGUCACAUCGGACUCUGGACAGUCGAACCUGUCCAAUUCAUCGAAGUUGCAACAUGACACACUUAUGCCAAAUUCUUGAGCUGUCAUUUAAUAAUCAUGCCACAAAUUCAAAUAACCAUAAUGGCGUAGUAUGUAUGUGAUUAUACUGGUUAUAGUUGCAUAGUAAACAGAUCAAAUCAGUUGCUUCAAACAGCUUUGAUUGUUUAUAAAGUAACAUAUAUGCUUGCAUGAUAGCUCCUGGAGACAUUACAGUGUUACAGAUUAUAUCAUAUGUGAAUGUAAAUACAUUUUUAUACUGUUUGUUUGGUCGAUUGACCUGAAAAUGUAAAAUAAAAUAUGUCUUUAUCCAAUAACAAUAUAAUGGUUGAAAAAAAGCAGUGAGUCUUGGGGGUUUUGAGUCCCUGUUGUUAAACUGAGACCUGGAAUAGAGUCAACUCCACACAAGUUUUUCUUGGGGUUACUGACUCAUUGUCGGCAGAGUAAAAACAGAAAUCUGUCAAAGACUUUCCAGCGGUGGCACACAAACUUGCUGGCUGUGCAGACAUCAGUCACUUCUCCCCAUACUACCGUCUAAUGGCUGAAUGUUGACUCGUGUGGGUUGUGGACUGGGGUACAGUCUGAGGUUAUAAUUAAGACCCGGCGUGCCAAACAGGAAAUCAGACCUUACCACAAGUGCCAGACCUGAAAAGCUGUUGUGGAACAAAAAACAUGCAUGCAGACAAAGUUCCCUCAAAAGGUCUACCAAAAAUAUACAAUAUGGGCACAUUUGAUUUAUUUUCGUCUCUCCGUUCAGGGUUAUGCCACAGUGUUUUUCACUCUCAUAUUCUAAAUAAUGAGACAACAGCACAUGCAUGAGCAAAUUAUCAAUGCUUAUUUUAGAGUCUAAGCAUUUUUGGACAAAAUUGUACUUACGACAAAGGAAAAUUUCACUCCUGCACUGGCAGAGUUCUGGCAUCUGACAGCAUCUCUUCCUAUAUGGUUCUGUCAAUUCCACACUGAUUUGAACUGAACAACACAGUGACAUGAAAAGGCUUUUUCAUCAUUGUGCAGUGUUGGUCACUUUGUCUGCAAUGGAAAGAGCACCUUCUGACUCAGUCAGUCUCCAAACAGGUACUUUAUUCAACCUCUUGAAGACCUAAACUACCCUUCAACAUACACAGUUUUAGUUUCUGGAAGUUGUUGGGUUGUAAUAAACAAUAUACAAUGGCUCACAAAAGUAUUCAUACUCCGUUGACUUCGUCAC